AUGGGCGUGGGCAAGGCCAGGACCCAGGCAAGGCACCAAGGGCGCCUGGACACAGGUGCUCAGAGUGAGAAAGACGACUCUCAAAGUCUCCUCAAGAACUUGGAGUCUAGCAUACAGACCCCCUCGGAAACAGGCUCCCCAUUGACAAGGAGGAAGAGAGAAGGGCAGACGUCAAAGGAUGCAGGGGCCCUGGAGCAGGGUGAGCCGUCUGUCAACAGCAACGUCACAGCAUUUGCACUGAAGGCAAAAGUCGUCUACCCCAUCAAUCAGAAGUUCCGGCCUCUGGCUGAUGGAUCCUCCAACCCAUCUCUGCAUGAAAAUUUAAAGCAGGCUGUUUUGCCGCACCAGCCCGUGGAGGCCUCCCCUUCUAGCAGCCUGGGGAGCCUGAGCCAGGCCGAGAAGGAUGAGUGCAGUUCCUCAUCCAGCAUCCACUCAGCCACCAGCGACAACAGGGUCCUCAGCCGCACCUUCCUCCGGGUGAGGACCUUCCCCGAGGUGCUAGCCUGCGAGAGUGCAGACAUUGACCUGUGUAUCUAUAACCUUCACUUAAAAGAUCUGCUGCACUUGGACACAGCGCUGAGACAGGAGAAGCACAUGGUGUUUAUUCAGAUCUUUAAAAUGUGCCUUCUUGACCUUCUUCCGAAAAAGAAGUCUGACGAUGAAUUAUACCAAAAGAUUCUUUCAAAACAGGAAAAUGAUUUGGAGGAAUUGGAAAAGGGACUUCAGGUCAAACUGUCAAACACAGAAAUGCUGGGCGCUGGUGAUUCUGCCUACACCACCCUGGCAGACGUGGAGAAGAAGGAGAGAGAAUACUCUGAGCAGCUGAUAGAUAAUAUGGAAGCUUUCUGGAAACAGAUGGAAAGCAUCCAGCACUUUCUUGUGGACCAAUUUAAGUGUUCCAGCUCUAAAGCCCGACAGCUCAUGAUGACGCUGACGGAAAGAAUGAUUGCAGCUGAAGGGCUAUUGUGCGACUCUCAGGAUCUCCAGGCUCUGGACACCCUGGAGAGGACGAUGGGGCGAGUGCACAUGGCAAAAACGAUCGAGUCACUGAAGCUGCAGAUCCAGGAGGAGACCAAAUGCCGACUGGCCGCCAUUUCCCGCAGCCUGGAGCUGCUGACCAUCGAGGGGAAGCUGUCCGGGCGGCAGAAGGAGGAGCUGCUGACCCAGCAGCACAAGGCCUUCUGGGAGGAGGCAGAGCACUUCGGCAGGGAGUUUGUCCAGCGAGGCAAAGAGCUGGUGAGAGAGUCUCUAGUCCACCUGGCGGAGGAGAUGGCAAAGCUCUCGCUGGCCCAAGAAGAGGAGCGGAGAAGCUUCCUGGCUGAGGCCCGGCUCACCACCGACUGGGAGGACUUCCUCAAGGCUUUUCACGAGGUGCUGGAGAGGCAGAGGUUGACAAGGAGCCACCUGGAGGAAGAGGAGGACGUCAGAACCACCGAGGCGGUGGCUGCACUCUGCCAGGAGCUGCACUGCAGUGCCAUGGACACCUUCCAGAAGUUUGUGGAUGUCCUGUUCCUUCAGACUCUCCCAAGCGUGACCGGCCUCCCUGGGGCAGAGUGUGAACACUUGAGGCAGGAGAUGCAGGAGAACGCCGCCCGACAGCUGGGGAAGUCGGAUCGCUUCCGGAGACAGCAGUGGAAACUCGUUCAGGAUCUUCUGGAGCAAGACCAGCAGGCAUGGAUGGAGGAGUGGGCGCUGUCCUCUGUGCUGCAGACACACCUGCGGGAAGACCACGAGAGCACUGUCCACGGAGUCUUGGGCCGACUCGGCAGCCUCAGCGAUGAGUCCACACAGUGUAUCCUGCAGGGGCAUGACCUGCUGCUGCGCUCAGCCCUCCGGAGGCUGGCUCUCCGUGGCAGCACCAUCACCACCCUGACCCAGAUGAGGCUGUCUGGGAAGAAGAGCCUCCUCCAGGAGCUGCGUGAGCAGCAUGCACUGGAGCAGGGCUCCUCCCAGUGCCUGGACGAGCACCAGUGGCAGCUGCUCAAAGCCCUGGAGGCGCGUGUCCUGGAGGAGGCAGGCAGGCUGGAGGAUGAGGCACAGCAGACGCGGCUGCAGCUCCAGCAGCAACUCCUGGCCGAGGCACAGGAGGUCGGGCAGCUCCUGCAGCAGCACACAGAGAGGGCCAUCGGGCAGGUGCUGCUGGGGCACACACGGGCUGUGGCCUCCAAGAGCAGAGUCAAGGACAGGGAGGACUUCAAGAGGACACUGAUGGAGGCGGCGGUGGAGAGUGUCUACGUGACCAGCGCUGGCAUCAGCCGCCUCGUGCAGGCGUAUUACCAGCAGAUUGGGAGGGUUGUGCAGGACCAUGAGGAGAGAAGACUGCAGCACCUGCAGACCCUGCAGGGUGACAGAAUGGAAAAUUACAAGCUGCGGAAAAAGCAAGCACUGGGCAACCCUUUGUCAGGGACCGGGAUGGCAGGUGGAGGCCAGAAAGCAUCCCAGGCUGUCUACCAGAGGAUGUUGUCACAGCAGAAAAGGUUCCUGGCCCAGUUCACUGUGCACCAGCAGGUCCGCCUGGACGCUUGGAAGCAGAAGGCGAGCGUUAUGGACCAUCUGGAAGCCCAGCUUGAGACACAGCUGCAGGAAGCUGAGCAGAACUUCAUCUCUGAGCUGGCAGCCUUGGCCCGAGUGCCCCUGGCUGAAAGCAAACUGUUCUCCACUAAGCGUGGGCUGCCGGAGAAGCCCCUAAGGACCAAAAGGAAGAAGCCCCCACCCCAGGAUAGAGGGGACCCAGGAGAACCCCACCAUGAUGACCCAGCCUCUGGUGACCACACCUCAGGAUCCAUCAGCAGCAAAAGGCUGAGUCUGCAAGAAAGUGAAUCUGGCAGCGGCGAGAACUCAAAGAAGAUGCUGCAGAAAAGAAGCAAUGUGUAGUGUCAGACUGUUCAGGGGACAGGACCGAAGCCCUGGCUGUGAGCACCGCUCCCCUCCUGCAGCCGUGUGAGAAACGAUGAGGACGGGAGGAUGUGGGUCUUCCCCGUGCCUCACAGGCUUGUCGUGAGAGUGGACGGAGAAAGGACAGAAACCUUCCCUAAAGAGCAUAAACAAGGGCGGAGGCCCCACCACCUGCCAAAGUCAGGAACCAGUGUUGGAAAUAUGUCUUUGUGAGUUUUGCAUCUCAUUUGGCUUCAAGCUCUUCCUUCCUCAGGAGAGUCUCCCCUUCCCUGGCCCCCGAACCCCAACCCCACACCCCCUGUCCUGAUGCUGCCCGAACCUGCCUUCCCCGAGCUGGAGGUUGUCACAUUGCAGCUGAGGGGCCUCCGCUUGCCAGCCUCUCGUGAGUACUGCAGGGUGGGGAGGGGUCUCUGGCAAUGCUGGUGUUUUCUGGAUCCGAAGCCUUUGUCUCUGCUGCCUCCACACCCUGUCCUCUCUCCCCCUUUCACCCUGGCCAUUGGCUGUCACAAUAUUCUCAUGGACCGAUUGCCAGCUUUGCUACGUUCCUGUCCUUUGGCUCAACCAGCAGCUGAGGCCUGGCCAUGGCAGGGUCUGAGUCUCGGACUGACCCUGACCGAGGAAUCUCUGGACCUCAGGCCUGUCCUGACCCACCCAGGGGCCUGAGGACCCACAGAUACAUGAUACCUGCUGCAGUAUCCUCUCUUGGCGGGGCAUUUCAAGUACACAGAAGGAGGCCUUGUCCAGCCCUCGGGAUUCACCCUUGGGGGGUGGUGAGCUCUUCUGCCAGACAGCAGCCCCUUCCUUGAGGAGAAAUGUCCCCAGGGGCACCUGCUUCUCCUGAUGGAUGCUGAGAACAUCCAGAAAUUUCCAGAUCAGCCACACACAAACCAAAUCCAGGAGAAGCUUUCCCCACCCAGAGAGAAAAUUGCUCUUUUCAUCACAAUCAAGGAUUCUCAACCUCGGCACUAUGGACAUUUUGGGCAAGAUAAUUCCUAAGUUGGGGGUGGGGGCUGUCCUAUGCAUCGGAGGCUGUUUAACAGCAUCCCUGGCCUCUACCCACUAGAUGCCAGUAGCACCCCUCCCAGCUGUCUCCAGACAUCACCCAGUAUCCCCAAGGGGCAUUACCCACUGGUAUAAGUCAAUGUGUGCCUGCCUGGGCAAGUCCAGGAUAUGAUAGCUAGAUGUUUCCACCAAUUCCCAGAAUGUAGUGGGUUCCACGGCUCAGGGAUUUUCUGGGCUAUUUGCGAAUUCUCAUUUCUUAAAACCUAAAUCAGACACUCUUAGCUAGCAAAGAAUGGCUUCUUCACAGAAGUAAUUCAUAAAUAUUACAUCAUUUGUUAACAAAACUACCAUCAAAAAAACCCAAAAAACUACCAUCAGAGCACCCUUAAAUCCCUAACUGGGCAGCAGGCGGGAUUUCCAGUGUUAACCAACAGUUCCCUCUUGUGGCCCAAUAAAAUAUUUCAUUACUCUGUGG